GAUUCCCCCCCUCUCCUAUUAAACGCUUGAAUAAAAGGCAACUAACUUCGUGGUGACUCGUUAUGUCAACAUUACCUCAAGAAUCACCGGGCGGAAUGCCGUAAAGGGUAGAAUGUUGGUUUCCCCCAGUUUUCCAAUUCUAAAUCGUGCCUCAAUGGGUGUCGAUGAUGUUUCGGCAUGGGUGAAACGACAAACUUUUCUUAGUUCUCAAUUGGGCCUGGAUGGACCCGGUGGCUUUGAAACUGAUGACCAAAUCAAGGAAGUGACCGCCAAGAUCAAGCAAAUGGCCGAUAGUGAGCAACCAUUCCCUAUUCAGCAUUCAUGCAUUUUUAGUGUUGAGGAGCUAACAGAGGCCUUUUUUUCGUUCGUCCACUUGCUAUCGACGACGCAGACUCGAUUAUCCACGUAUACCACCUCGGCCUUCAGAAUCAGGGUGAGCAGCAGAGCACUAGUGGGCAGAAGGAGGUUUGAGUUGGAUGACAGCAGGCGAGAAUAUGGAGAGACAGGAUGUGGACGAGGACAUAUGUAGGGAUUGGCAUUAAAAUUACGCCAGUCGUGAUGAUCAAGAUCUAGUUGUGUUCCAUCUCCAGCUACUUUCGGCUUGGCAAUCAAGUUGCAAGUCGGCUAUCUGCCAAGCAAAUGAUAGCAUAGCCGCGUGGGAAAACAUUGCGUAAGGGUACCUAGGUCUUAGAGAUUGUGCAUGAUGGGCAGGCGUCAAGGGGCAUACACAUCGAGAUGGACUUAUAAGGUUGCCUCAGCUUCCUCCCAGGCCG